AUGUUUGACCCGAGCGUGCGACUGCGCAAGGCCAUCAUCGACGGGCAGCUGUUCAUAGUUAGCAGGCUGCUCAAUAGGUAUCCCGACCUGCUCGACAACAUCAACCCGGAAAACGGCUGGUCCAACCUUCAUUACGCUGCCUAUCACGAUAGGUACGAGAUCUGCGAGCUGUUGCUCGGCAAGGUGCGCGAGCGCUCCUUAACGCCAGAUUCCGGCGUCUACAAACCGUCCCGCCAGAACCAGCCCCCGAAACUCUACUCCCAAAUCACAGACGAGGACGAGAUAAAGCUCACUUUUGAUCACGACACCAUUAUCCACACCGCAUGCUCCAACAACUCCCACAAGUCUCUGGAACUGUUGCUGGAGUACUUCAACGUGUGUAUCGACCAGCGCGGAAAGAACGGAUACACUCCGUCGCAUCUUUGCUGUAUCCAUAACUUCCCCCUGUGCCUCACAGUGUUGCUGGAUAACGGCGCAUACCCAAACAUCCAGGACGACGACGGCAACAGCCCGCUGCAUUUGGCCCUGGAGUAUGGGUCUCUUAGCUGUGUGGACCUGUUGCUUGCGUACAAGGCAGAUACCCAGUUGCUCAACAAGCAGGGAUGGAAACCGGAAGAUGUGGCGUACGAUUUCGAUGUUCUGGCCAAAUACAACACCUUGAAGGCACAUCCGCCCGCAUUGGCCAGACCGGCCAAUUCCACGGCUCACACAACGUCCGUGCCGAGCCCCUUGAACGGCAAAAUCUCCUUGCCCACCAUCCAGUCACGCAAAUACUCGUUAUCCUCGCAUACCUCGUCUGACGACGAAACGGACGGCCAAUUUAUAGAAGACGCAAACUCCGUCUCGACCUCGUCGUCCAUCAGAAUCACCAGAGACCCGUCGCCCGUUUACGGCAUACUAAACACGAUCUCGAGCUCCAACAGCCAGGUCAGUGUCAACGACCAGCACAGCACCUCGUCGCACAGUCUCAAGCUCUCGCGCAAGGCUCCUCCAAUGCCGAUAGUGAUCCCGUCAGCGCCAACACCGCCUCGGAACGGGCCAAUCCCUACGCCCGUGUCGAUGACGUCGUCGCACUCGCCAGGAUCCAAGAGAUCGUCCAUGAGCAUGCGCAACUUCCGGUCCAACUCGCAGACGUCUGAGUGCUCGCCUAUCAAGCCGCAGACGCGCGUGCCCAUGUCGCGGCCGCACGCGCAAAGCUCGCCGGUGGUUUCCGAGUUCAUUGCGUCGUCCGUGGGCACGAUCCCGCACGUUGCGUCGAGCACGUCGCUGCGCUCGUGCACCCCCACGCUGGAGGUGGACGACGCUGCCUCCAAGCUGAGCAAUUUCCGGUUGCAGAACGAAAACCGGGUCAAACUCGGCAUGAAGCUGGACAACAUGAUGCGCAGCCAGGAAAGCUUGCACGAGAUAAAAGACGAAACGCCGCGUAUCUUGCGGUCGAAAACAGAACCAACCAUGGACCAACCACCGAAAAAAUCACGGAUCCUCUCGAUCCCCAUCGCCAGUCUACGAUCCCGGAAAAAUUAG